UCGGCCUUGAAUCGUACCUAAAUGUUUCUCUGUCUCGUUCUGGAUACCACCUGACAGACCGGCCUACCUUGAGGGCGCAGUGGCACUCGCUUUAUCAGUGUGUUAGACGAUACGUUGUCAACAUGUCUUGCUUGCGCUCUGUUAGCUUGGUUAGGUGCUUUGUCCCAUUGACGUCUCCUUCUCCCAAAAAUGUUGUUCAAUCAUUUGCUCAGCAUGUCCAGAAUUCAUCAAAAUAUUUUUCGAGUAGUGUUGCAGAAGAUCCACUUGCUGGUGUCAGAAUUUUGGAUUUGACUAGGAUUGUUGCCGGCCCGUAUUGUACAAUGGUGUUAGGAGACCUUGGAGCUGAAGUUAUCAAAGUUGAGAAGCCAAACGAAGGUGAUGAAUGCAGAAAAUGGGGUCCACCAUUCAUAGGGAAGACUACUGAAAGUUGUUAUUUUGUAGCUGUCAAUAGAAAUAAACGGAGUAUAUGUGUUGAUAUGAAAUCAAAGGAGGGAAAGGAAAUUCUAUUUGAUCUUGCUAAACAUAGUGAUGUUCUCGUUGAAAAUUAUGUGCCCGGUAAAAUGGAUAAAAUGGGGCUAGGCUACAAUGACUUCAAAAAGAUUGCUCCACAUUUGGUAUAUUGUUCUAUUACUGGCUUUGGAUCCUGUGGACCUUACAGUAAGCGCCCAGGCUAUGAUGUUAUUGCUGCUUCGAUGGGUGGUUUGCUACAUAUCACUGGGCCAGCUGAUGGAGAACCAUGCAAAGUAGGUGUUGCAUUAACCGAUAUUAUGACAGGACUGUAUGCCCACGGCGCAAUUAUGGCAGCAUUGAUUCAAAAGUCAAAAACUGGAAUGGGCCAAAAAAUUGAUGCUAAUCUGCUAUCAACUCAAGUCGCCUCACUAAUAAAUAUAGGUUCUAAUUUUUUGAAUGGUGGAGUUGAAGCUCAAAGACAUGGAACAAGCCAUCCUAGUAUUGUUCCUUAUGAAGCUUUACUCACCAAGGACGACUGUUAUAUAACUGUUGGCACAGGAAGUGACAAACAGUUUGUGGACUUGUGUCACAGAUUUGAACUCCCUGAUCUAGCUAAGGAUAUAAGAUUCCUCAGUAACAAACUCAGAGUAGAAAAUAGAAAAGUACUCCUUCAUAUUUUAAAGGACAAAUUUUGUACCAAAACUAGGGAUCAAUGGCUUGAGUUACUGGAUGGAGCAUCCUUUCCUUAUGGACCAGUUAACAGGAUUUCUGAUGUAUUUAGAGAUCCUCACAUACUGGCGACAAAUGCUGUACAGUCUGUGGAACACCCUGUCGCAGGUGAAGUGAAGCUUGUUGCUCCUGCAGUUACGUUUAGCCAAGCUCAGAAUCGAAUUCGUUUACCUCCUCCAACGCUUGGACAGCACACUGAAGAGAUUUUGAUGGAUGUGCUUCAUUACUCAACAGAAAAAGUCAAUCAACUUAAAAAUAUUGGGGCAGUUGCCUAGUUGCCAUUUGUUUUGACACCUGUUUUCUUUUGUGACACUUCUUAUAAUGUAAUAUAUCAUGGAGUCUAUUUUUUUAAAAAAACAACAAACUAUGUACUGAUGUAUUUGUGAGAUUUCUAUUGUAGUUUUUUGCUACGGCUUGUUAACUUUCCCAAAUAAAGUAUUUAAAAAAUUAUGUACAUA